AGGGGCGCUGCGGUUAGGACUUGAGUAAUGUUACCGUUGCUGCCUGGAAAUUCUUCUCUCCGGCAUCUCAAUCGGGGCCGCUGGAAACUCUCCCCCCACGUGUAUGUCGUGCUUACUCGGUGGCUAUGGGGACUCGGGAGGCUUACGAAGAGAGGUUGAAAACAGGGAAUCUGCAUCAUGAUCCGACUAUCAAGCCUGGACUGGGUUCUGCUCGCUGCCCUCGCUGUCUGUCUCUCUUUAACCUCACCUUUGACAACGCAGAAUGGAUAAUCACACCGGUUUUGCAUGACUUUACUUCGGUGGCUGGCUCUGUAAUGGGUGGAAUGCUUAGCACAGUCUAUGGGUUGAACACAGGUAUCUCCUUUGUUCAGAAGCGUGUUAAGCCGUUAAGGGACCAAAGUGGCUUCCUUUUAUUAUUGGGGUUCCUCCACUUCUGAUGUUUUCUGCAGCUAGUGCAGCAUUUGGUAGUCAUGCACUUCCAAAAUUUACACAGCUCACUGUGACCUCAUAUUAUGCUGCUUCAAGUGCAUCACAUCAUCGUAUAUCAUUGCUUACAAGGCACAUUGAAGAAUCACAUACUGCAGGCACUCAACACAAAAAACUCAGCUGAUUACAUCCAGGUGCACAUAGUGAGAGUCUUCUUUCAGUUUUGUAGCAAAUAUUGUGUAAAUUUGAAUCUAGUCUUAUGAAUACAGUCAAUGUCGUAGUGCUUGACUUAUGGUUGUCUAUGAGUGGAUGUUUUUUGGAUCGGCUAAAUACUUGUUAUUUUUGUUCAGUUCGAUUAAUGUUUUAAAAAAAGUCGUGUUUACUCUUUUUUUACCUUUUUAAAAAAUCCCUUUUU